UUGGUGAAAAUAUAAAUUUAAUAAACAAAAAUAACCCUUCACAGCUUUCGCAAUUGUGACAGAACUUCAUCCACGUCAACGGCAGAGAGCGACUGAAAACCACCGGAAAAUUUUCGCCGGCGGCCGAACUAGAAAUGUCACUGGUUGAUUAUGCUUCCUCUUCAGACGACGAAGACGUUCCAGAACCCACCGAAGAAUCACCAAAGGAAAAAGAGAAACCCCAACGCCAUUCAUCGCAACCACAACCACAACCUCCUUCACAAACCCUGACAAAAUCUGGAUCUUCCUCCAACCCCCCGCUAGAUAACAAACCACAUUCAUCUUCCCCUUUGGUGGAGAAACUUCCGGAUGCUUCAUUUCUUUUGAGUUCACCCACUGUCACAUCUAGUCCAAUGAAUGCUAGUGACCACUCCACUCGAGUUGCUGCAGCUCUAGCUGAAAAUGCUUCACGUAAGAGGGACUCUAAUGGAAAGGCGUCCUCUGCCAUUCGUAGUAAAGUUCCUAGAGCAAACCCGCCUCAUUCAAAAAAUAUACCAGAAACGGCUGGUGGUAUGUUGGUUCCACCUCAACUCAGUGGAAGGAAAAACGUUGUUACUGAAGACAUAAGCAAGCUAUUUGUCCGAAAACACUAAGAACAUCCAUCUCCUUAGAAGGUUACAAAUUGAAAUUAACGAUGUGUGAGAGAAACUUACACCUAAAGAUGCAGCACUUUGCUUGUUGAAAGUGCCUGCUUUUGUAGAUUGUGUACUAGCACAAACAAUCUUUGAAGUUUGUUUAUAUCCUUAAGUUUAUAUUGCAGUGUAGUUGAUAAUAUUAUUUUGUUAACUUCCAGCUUAGGAAUGUAAAAGCAAAAGUUGUAGAAACCCUUUUGGGGUGAUUUACUUUGCAACAUCGUUUUGAGAUUUGCAGGUAUGAUUUAUAUUUUAUAGUGUGUUUGGAGCCACAGAGAGCUCCACAUGCUAUGUGUUUGAA